AUGGCCCACGGCACGCUGCCCGCCGCCCCGCCGCAGCACUGGGCCGCGGAGCCGCAGGGCUACAGCAGCAGCUCUCCCGCGGCAUCGCCCGACUCGUGCGGGCUCGCGUCCCCCGCCGCGGCCCGGGGGCCCCGCCGCGGGCACGGCAGCCGCCCCCGGGGCAGGAGGGCGCCGCGGGGCGGCGCGGCGGCGGGGCUCCCGCGGCAGAGCGCCAGCGAGCGGGAGAAGCUGCGGAUGCGGCGGCUGGCGCGGGCCCUGCUGCGGCUGCGGCACUACCUGCCGCCCGCGCUGGCCCCCGCCGGGCAGACCCUCACCAAGAUCGAGACCCUGCGCCUCGCCGCGCGCUACAUCGCCCACCUGUCCGCCCUGCUGGGGCUCGGCCGGGGCGCGCCGGCCCCCCGACGCUGUCCGCUGUGUCCCCGGGGCCUGGGCUGCUGCCGGGACGCGGAGCCCCGCGGCGCUUCGCCGCCCGGCGCCGCGGGCCGGGGCUCUCCUGCCGUGGCGGGGAUGCCCCCGGAGCUGCACGGGGCCCCCGGCGUGGGGACGGGUCCCUGGGGAUCGCCGCUCUGCAGCCCUGCUGCGGGCACGGCCCCGCAGGUGCUCGGGGCUCCGGAGCUGGGCCUAGAGACCUGGGGGUCACCGCCCUACACCCCUGCUGCAGGGACCCUCCCAGAGGCACUCGGGGGUCCCAACAUCGCCAUGGAGACCUGGGGGUCGCCGCCCUACACCCCUGCUGCAGGGACCCUCCCAGAGGCACUCGGGGGUCCCAACAUCGCCAUGGAGACCUGGGGGUCGCCGCCCUACACCCCUGCUGCAGGGACCCUCCCAGAGGCACUCGGGGGUCCCAACAUCGCCAUGGAGACCUGGGGGUCGCCGCCCUACACCCCUGCUGCAGGGACCCCUCCAGAGGCACUCGGGGGUCCCAACAUCGCCAUGGAGACCUGGGGGUCGCCGCCCUACACCCCUGCUGCAGGGACCCCUCCAGAGGCACUCGGGGGUCCCAACAUCGCCAUGGAGACCUGGGGGUCGCCGCCCUACACCCCUGCUGCAGGGACCCCUCCAGAGGUUCUUGGGGUUUCCAACAUCCAGACGGAGACGUGGGGGCCACCCCCCUACCUGCCCGCAGCGGGGACCUCCUCAGCGCUGAACAAGGCUGUCACCUCCGCUGCGUCACCCUGGCUGACCCCUCCCCACUCCGCAGGGGCCGGGGCCCCCCCGGAUCUCCCCGGUGAUGUCCUGGACACGGGACUGCUGCUGCCAGAGUUCGUGGGCACAGGGACAGUCACCCCGGAUGUCUCUGCAGAGGACCUGCUCUCACUGCUGGAGGCUCUGCUCCCAGCACAGCCCCGGCACUGACCCGGGUGAGUCCCUGGGCCUGGAGCACCCGCGGUGCCCGUCUGGAGCCCUGCAGCCUGGGGACGUGCGGCCCUCGGGGCAGCUGCAGGAACAAGCUGCCCGUGGGAGCCUGGAGCCGUGCUGGACGCGCCGGGCGCGGCUGGAUGUGAAUAAACCCUUGUGCCCUC